AUGAUUGAUGAAAUCUCUUCCGCCGCCACAACAACCACCGUUAGCCAUCAUCAAGAUGUCUCACUUUAUGACGAGGAGGGCAGCCCAAAACGAACAGGAACCAUGUGGAUGACUAGCUCAUAUAUAAUAACAGCAGUAAUUGGAUCGGGAACUUUAUCCUUAGCAUGGUCGAUAGCACAAUUAGGUUGGAGUGGUGGUCUUGUUGUGAUGAUCUUCGGUUUUCUCACUUUGUAUACUUCACAUUUUCUUGCCAAUUGUUAUCGUGCUGGAGACCCCAUAACUGGCAAGAGGAGCUACACGUACAUGGAAGCGGUUGAUAACAUUCUAGGAGGAAAAAAUUCUAUUUUUUGUGGGAUAAUACAGUAUGCAAAUCUUUAUGGAACUUCAAUAGGAUAUACAAUUGCGGCCGCCAUUAGUAUGAUGACAAUCACAAAGACAAAUUGUAUACAUUCCUCUCGUGAGAACAAAACAUGUCAUGUUUCUGGCAAUCGUUAUAUAAUAUGGUUUGGAGCCAUCCAACUUGUAUUUUCUCAAAUUCCUAAUUUUCAUAAGAUGAGAUGGCUCUCAAUACUUGCUUCAGUCAUGUCCUUCACUUAUUCUUUAAUUGGUCUGGCUCUUGGAAUUGCUCAAGUUUCAGGUUAUGGUGCAUUUGGAAACUCAGCACCAGGGAACUUACUCACCGCAUUUGAUAAACCAUUUUGGCUCGUUGACAUCGCAAAUUUAACGCUACUCAUUCAACUUGCGGGAGCAUACCAAGUUUAUUCUCAACCCCUGUUUGCAUUUAUUGAAGAACGGGCAACUAAAAAAUGGGAAAUACUUGGAAAAGAACACAAAGUUCAAAUUCCAUUUUUAUCCUCAUACAACUUAAACAUAUUUAGACUAGUUUGGAGAUCAUUGUAUGUUGUGGUAAGCACUGUUAUAGCAAUGUUAAUUCCGUUCUUUAAUGAUAUAUUGGGAGUAAUUGGGGCAUUAGGGUUUUGGCCGUUAUCAGUUUAUUUUCCGGUGGAAAUGCAUAUCAAGCAGAAGAAGAUCCCAAAAUGGAGUGGGAGUUGGAUUCUUUUGCAAAGUUUAAGUAUGUUUUGUCUCAUGGUAACACUUGCUGCUCUUGUUGGGUCCAUAGUUGGUGUCUUGCUUGACCUUAAGACAUAUAAACCAUUCAGUGCAAACUUGUAGCCCAAGUCCCUUCGCAAGUCCCUUCAUCUAACAUUCUAUGUUAAUUAGUGGAAACUCAGGUG